AUGAAGCACCUCGCUGCAUACCUCCUCCUCGGCCUUGGUGGUAACACCUCGCCUUCCGCCGAAGAUGUCAAGUCCGUCCUCAGCGCCGUUGGUAUUGAGGCCGAUGACGAGCGCCUCAACAAGCUGAUCUCCGAGCUUGAGGGCAAGGACAUCAACGAGCUCAUCGCCUCUGGAUCCGAGAAGCUCGCUUCCGUUCCCUCUGGUGGCUCCGGUGGUGGCGCUGCUGCCGCUGCUGGUGGUGCUGCCGCUGGCGGUGCCGCUGCCGCCGAGGAGGCUCCCGCCGCCAAGGAGGAGGAGAAGGAGGAGUCUGACGAGGACAUGGGUUUCGGUCUCUUCGACUAA